UAAUCAUGCGCUCCGUUAUAUUGGCACUCAUGUAGGAACUCGGGAACGAUACUCAUCGCUGCUUGCGAAAGCAUCACUGCUUGCGAAAGCAUCCCUGCUACUCCUGGUAAACUCGAGGACGAGUUCUUUCCUGGAGGGGAAGUAUGUAACCCUGGUAAAUACUAGCCGCAAUAUACCGCUCGGCUAGCGAGAUCUUCUCUUUAGCUCGAUCGGUUGAGCGUAACACUAGUAGGGGUCCCGGGUUCGAUCCCUAGCGGAGGCAGUGAUUUACACGUUUGCUUUUAUACUGUGUUAUUUGAACACACGCAGUUCAAUGGUAUUGAAAUAUACUGUCACAGUUUGACAAAUAGACCUGACACCAAUGAGAACAGAACAUAUGUGUCGUAGAUAACGAGUUCUGUGUGACCAACAUAGAUACAUCACCAAAUUAUUGUCAAAUCCAACUACCACAGACUAAACAGCGGACAACAACAUGCCGCUGCUACUUAUUGUCCUGGUCGUCAUGGCGACGUACAUCCAAAACGCGUCCUUGCAGCAUAUACCUGGAGUCAGAUACGACCCGGAGGUGUACAUGAACACUAGCCAGCUGAUCACCAGUAAAGGCUACCCAUGUGAGGAGUACGAGGUACCGACUGAUGACGGCUUUAUCCUCGGUCUACAAAGAAUACCUCAUGGCAAGCUCGAGACACAGAAAGUGUAUUACCCGAAGGAUGACCAACCUGUUGUACUACUGCAGCAUGGUCUGCUUUCCUGCUCAGCCUGCUGGGUGGAGAACCUCGUCAACGAGAGCCUGGGUUUCCUGAUGGCAGACAAUGGACUAGACGUUUGGCUGGGGAACAGUCGUGGUAACACCUACUCGCGGAAACACAAAACACUCAGUCCCAAUGAUCCGAAAUUCUGGGAAUGGAGUUGGGACGAAAUGGCUAUAUAUGACCUGCCGGCUAUGGUAGACUAUAUCCUGAAUGUGACCAACCGGAAGCAGCUUUACUAUCUGGGAUACUCUCAAGGUACGCAGAUCGCCUUUUCCGGUCUGGGACAACCCUGGAACACUGACAAAGUGAAGAUGUUUUUUGCGUUUGCACCUGUCACUACUCUCGGCAACAUCAUCAGUCCUAUCCGCCUCCUUGCUCCAUUUGCUGAACCAAUUCAGACGCUAUAUGAGAUGUUCGGGAAGGCUGAAUUUCUCCCCAGCACUGAGGUGGUAAAGUGGCUCGGACGGACGGCCUGUAGUAAACCGGGGCUGGAUUUUAUCUGUGAAAAUGUCCUAUUUGUCCUGGGCGGUUACGACUUCAAACAGCUCAACGAAACAAGAAUCCCCGUAUAUGUAGCAAACCACCCGGCCGGCACCUCUGUACAGAAUGUUGUCCACUACGCUCAGUCUGUCCUUCACAAGAAUUUCUUGAUGUACGACUUCGGUUCGUCGGAGGCCAACCUUGACCAUUACAACCAGACGACUCCGCCAGCCUGGAAUGCAUCCUUGGUGAAGACUCCGACUGUCGUCUACUCGGGCGCCAAGGAUUGGUUAGCCGAUCCUACUGAUGUCACGGCGCUUCUUCCCGAGAUUACAAAUUUGGUAGCCUCCAAGGUAAUGGAUGAGUGGGAACAUCUAGACUUUAUAUGGGCCAUGGAUGCACCUCAACAGGUAUACAAUGACGUCAUUCGACGUAUUCACGAACAGGAAGCAGCUGACCACAACUCAACGUAGACGUUUUUGACAUUGAAAUAUGAAAUGUUUGAAUUUUCAAUAAAAUUAAAGAAAAAUUUCAACCUUG